AUGAUUUACGCUGUCUCUUCCCAGAACCCAGUGGUCUGGAACAUCCCGAGGUUUCACGAACAUCGCAGAAAACCUUUUCUGCCACCUGUGACUUGUUUCCUAAACUACAGUAACCCCACCAGCCGCAGCGCUAACGCCGACGCCGUCAAUGAGAAACCCACAUUGACGGUGAUGACGAGGCGCGUCGUGGUUAAGGAGAAGUACGAGGAGAAAGAGAGGGGAGAAGAUGGGAACAGACAAAUGGUGAUGUUGUGUGGGUUGGGUUAUUGGGUGCAAGGUUUCAGGUGCUUUCCGUGGCUGGCGCUGAACUUUCACAUGGCUACCAAUCUCAACUUGCACCCCUCCACGUUGCAGCUCGUGCAGAACACUGCCAACCUCCCCAUGGUGGCUAAGCCACUUUAUGGAAUCCUUUCGGAUGCCAUCUAUAUCAGUGGGGCUCACAGAAUUCCUUAUCUUGCCAUAGGAGGUCUUCUGCAAGUUCUUUCUUGGAGUCUUCUAGCAUUGGUCCCCAUUGCACAAGAAGUGCUACCCAACUUAAUUGCAUGUGUGCUACUCGGUAAUUUGGGAGCAUCCAUUGCAGAAGUAGCACAGGAUGCUCUUGUAGCAGAGUAUGGCAAGAAGCACAAAAUUGGUGGCCUGCAGGCAUAUGCAUUCAUGGCAUUAGCCGCAGGUGGAAUCUUAGGCAACUUGAUUGGUGGUUAUUUCUUACAGAAAAUGCCUCCCAGAACAAUGUUUGUCAUAUUUUCAUCUUUACUGUCUCUGCAACUAGUGAUUUCUUUAUCAACGAGAGAGGAGUCUUUAGGCAUAACACAACUUUCAGGUGAAAAUCUUUCUAGGCAAUCCAUCUCAGAAAAUAUCAGGAAACAAAUCUCUGAUCUUGUUGUGGCCAUCAGUGACAAGAGCAUUUCCCGGCCCCUUGUAUGGAUUGUGGGGUCAAUUGCCGUGGUCCCAAUGCUUUCAGGUUCUAUAUUUUGCUAUCAGACACAGUGCCUAAAUCUUGAUCCUACAGUAAUCGGGUUGUCCCGAGUGAUUGGCCAGUUUGUGCUGCUUUCAGGAACUGUGCUUUACAACCGUUAUUGGAAAAAAAUUUCAAUGCGAAAGCUGAUAGGCAUGGUGCAGAUUCUAUAUGCUUCAUCUCUCCUUCUUGAUCUCAUUUUGGUUAAACAGAUAAAUCUCAAAUGGGGAAUUUCCAAUGAGGUGUUUGCUCUUUGCUUUUCUGGUUUAGCAGAAAUUGUGGCUCAGUUCAAGCUCCUUCCUUUUUCAGUUUUAUUUGCAAAUUUAUGUCCAAAGGGAUGUGAAGGAUCUCUCACAGCUUUCCUUGCAUCAGCUUUGUGCCUAUCAUCAAUAGCUAGUGCCUUUCUGGGUGUUGGAUUGGCCUCUUGCCUUGGUGUUACAUCCGGUGAUUACUCUGGCUUGACAAUGGGAAUUCUUGCACAGUCUCUUGCAGCUCUAGUGCCAUUAAGAUGGAUUCAUUCUCUACCCUUGUCACAACCCGCUGAGAAGAGAAGGAAAAGUAGUAUGAGCAGAAGAGCACGUAGAAACAGAAGAGUUGGAAAAGUUGUGCUUGGUUCUGUCAACGUCUACAGGCCUGAGAGAGGAUGA